AGCUUAUGCGGAAGAUAGAUGCUCAACCAACGUACCCCAAACGCAGAGCCCUCCCAAGUCCCAAUUAUUUUUCGCACUGGAACCGAAAGGUAAAGUCAGGAGAGAGAGAGGAUGGAAUCGUCUCCACCUCCCCGAUUCGGUGUUCAACAGCGUUCGGUGAGAGUGGUUUCGCUGGGUUUUCUCAACUGAGGAUGUAGAGGAGGAAAGUUGGAGAGGGAGAGGGGAAAAAAGAAGAAGAAGAGAGGCGGUUCUGAGGUUCGGUUGGAGAAAACAAGGAUUGGAGAAGAAGAAGGAUGGGGGGCGGCGGCUCUAACCUCUGAGGUUCGGUUGUAGAAAAUAGGGAACUGGGGAAGAAGAAGACGAAUAAAGAGAAGGAUAGAGGGGGAGGGCGGCGUCUCCGAGGUUCGCUUAACAGAACAACAGGGGAUUGAAAAAUGAAACCCCAAUGAGAUGGUUAACUGCCAUUAAAUCUCGUAAAAGCAUUUAGGAUGACGGAGCGAACUUUUAUUGGAGGGUUCAGCUAAAAGGUGGAGCGAUGGAUUAUAGAAUGGGAACUCGCUCGGUGCUCGAAACGUCUCCCUUGUUUAUCGUUUUCUGAUCUUCGACUUCCUACAGGGCGGUGCCGCUGCACCAUCAGUUUCAAAAUGCAUCGAUCAUUUAACCCUUCUUCUAAAGUUGUCUUUCGCCUGCUUCUUCUCCCGUCAAAAACCUCGGCUGCCUCCUUCCACUCAUCUUCCUCGGCAUUCCAACUACAUCAGCAUCAGGAACCACCACCACCCUCCUCCAAAUCCCCGACCUCAAUUGGGUCUCCAGCUCGAAUCCAGAAACUCAUUGCCUCUCAAACAGAUCCUCUCGUUGCCAAAGAAAUAUUUGAUCUUGCUUCCCGCCAGUCCAAUUUCCGCCACUCCUACUCUUCUUUCCACACCCUCAUCUGCAAACUCGGACGCGCUCACUACUUCUCGCUUAUGGAUAAUCUGAUGAGACGCCUCAAAUCCGAUGGCUACUCCGUCACCCCUGGCCUCUUCUCAGAUGUCAUCCAAAUAUACGGCGAUGCCAAAAUGCCUGAUAAAGCCCUCAAGACCUUCUACACCAUGUUGGAAUUCGACUGUAAACCCCUAGCCAGACACUUCAACCACCUCAUACAAGUUCUGGUCAGCCAUCGGACUUACCUCCGCACUGCUUUCCAUCUCUUCAGGGACUCCGGUCGACUUGGUAUCUCAACAAACACUAAAACCUAUAACAUCUUGAUGCGGGCUUUCUGUUUUAAUGAUGAAUUAAGCAUUGCCUACUCAUUGUUCAAUCAAAUGUUUAAGAGGGACAUUGUCCCGGAUGUCGAGUCAUAUCGCAUUUUAAUGCAGGGUCUUUGCAGGAAGAGCCAAGUCACUAGGGCUGUUGAUUUAUUGGACGAUAUGUUGAAUAAGGGAUUCGUUCCAGAUACUCUGACUUACACAACUUUGUUAAAUAGUUUGUGUAGGAAGAAAAAGCUGAGAGAGGCUUAUAAGCUACUUUGUAGAAUGAAAGUGAAGGGAUGCAAUCCUGAUAUUGUUCAUUAUAAUACUGUCAUCCUGGGGUUCUGUAGAGAAGGCCGUGCUCUUGAUGCUUGUAAGGUUCUCGAGGAUAUGCCGUCCAAUGGUUGCAUUCCGAAUUUGGUAUCGUAUCGGACAUUGGUUGGUGGGUUAUGUAAUAUGGGAAUGCUUGAUGAAGCGAAAAAAUAUAUGUAUGAGAUGAUAUCAAAGGGGUUUUCUCCACAUUUCUCAGUUUUUCAUGCUUUGGUAAAAGGUUUCUGCAUUGUUGGUAAGAUGGAGGAAGCUUGUGAAGUGCUUGGGGAAAUGCUACGUCAUGGUGAAGCUCCGCAUACAGACACAUGGGUGGAGAUUGUACCCAGAAUUUGUGAUACGGAUGAGAUAAUGAGAAUGGGAGAUGUAUUGGGUAAGAUUAUGAAGGUAGAAAUAAAACGUGACACGAGGAUAGUGGAAGCAGGGCCUCUUUUGGAGGAAUACAUGGUCAGGAAGACACGGCAUAAAUCGUGGAAGGCUUGAUUUUUCUACAUGUAGGCAAUAUGGGAAUGACCUCUUUGGUGAUCACAGUUUGUUGUUACAAUUUAAUGCAACAAUGGUGCUAAGCAACCUGAGUUCCUUUUGAAGAUACAUGAGUUUGGUAUCCUGGUACAACAGGUAAUUUCUCUUUUACAGGUAAAUUGAGUAGGCAGAUGCUAGAAACAUCAGGAAUCCACAAUAGUCAGAAGCUUAAGCAGCUUGGAAUCCAUUUAGCAAAGGAAUUAAUCUGAAGUCAAACUGACUCUGAGGAAUUUUUGGCCCAUCCAUGGAAGCGCUCUUCAGCUGCGCAACACAGCAUAUGAUCGAAGAAGACUCUUGGUUGCAGUUGCUGAUUGUUGAGGAUUUUCUGAGUAGGUCUUUGCUGCUCCAUCCCAAAUUUCCUUAGCAGUGUUUACUCACAAGAAAUUUCUGCUAAUAUGAGCACAGGAUCAAAAUCAAUGUGUAGCUCUCUGUCAAGUGCCAUGAUGUAUGCCAUGCUCUUCAUCGGAGGAAGAAUCCUCUUCUGAUGAAUCCAGUGUCUUUGCUAGAGGCAUGCCAGCUGAAAGGGCACUCGUGCAUUUCUGGAACUCAAGACUCCCUGUUACUCGCAAUAUACACAAAUAUGUACUCGUGUCAUGUGCUUGUGUUGGUUUGUCAGCUUGGUGCAGCAGCUCAAAAAUACCAGGGUUCCACCCAAAAUGCAUCGUUCAAUUUACCUGUUCAGGGACUACAAAAUAACUGCAAUAUGUUUGUUGCAUCAGCUUGUCAAUUAGCAAAAGCUUUGAAGGUGCCAUUUGUGAAUGAUUUAGGAUAUACAAAAAGAUAUGUGCGAUGCCUUCAGGUACAAGUCUAUGUUAUUAGGGUGGAUAUCUGUCAUUUCUAACUUGGUACACAUGCAAUCCUUUUAGUGAAGUGAAAGGCUUAAAUGUGGUGCCAGUUCUGUGUCCAUCAAUUGAAGUGACCUCUUUUCAGUUGAAAAGCCCUGUUUACACUACGUUGGAGUAUUCAGUUUGUUAGUGCACAAGGAAUGGAGUUAUUUUAAGAAGAAAAAUUUAUAGUAAGGGAUUUCAAUAUAAAAACAUCCUCAUUGGAGCCUUUCUUGUAAUUUUUUAUAAUCUUAAUAUUAAUAUUGGGUCUCUGAUUAGAGAGAGGGCAAUAUCCAUGAUGCUGGAAAGGUAUGAUAGCAGAACUUUGACCAAUCAAAUCCCCCGUGAAUUUUUAUAAAUACCAGCUAAUUGGUUACUACUAUAAUUUCAGUUCACUGGUUAUACGAGUUUUAGAUA